AUGUCUCGCGCAGCUGUGGGGCUCGCAGGGCUACUCUUUGUCUUGCUCUGCUUGCAAUUUCACCACACCAAACCAUUCGCUUCAAACAAAAGACCCUUGAAAUAUGGAGAUUUGAACUUUCUCCACACCACCGAUACUCAUGGUUGGUAUUCGGGUCACAGAAACCAAAGGGUUUACGAUGCUGAUUGGGGAGACUUUGUGUCUUUUGGUGCCCAUAUGAGAGAGAAAUUGGCGGAAAAUGGUCAGGAUCUUCUCAUUGUCGAUACUGGUGAUCGUCAUGAUGGAAAUGGAUUGUCUGACUUGACGUCUCCCAACGGGAAAGAGUCUAUGCCGAUUUUCAUGAAACAAGACUACGAUUUGGUCACGUUGGGAAACCAUGAACUCUACGAGUGGAAAAACUCAAAGAUGGAAUUUGAACAAGUGCUCUCGAAAUUUGGGGAAAAAUACGUGAGUACAAAUGUUCACGUCAAAGCACACAACGGAUCUCUUGUGCCGUUGGGGAACCGCUACCGGUACUUUGUGACACCCAUACAAGAGAUUAGAGUGCUUGCACUCUCCUUUUUGUUCGAUUUUAAUCGCUUCAAUGACGGCACAUUCGUCAAGCCAAUUGCAAAAGUUAUCCACGAAUCCUGGUUUGUUUCUCUUCUCGAGGAAUACGCAGACAAAGUGGAUGUUCUCGUUGUGUUUGGACAUAUCCCCAUCUCGCACCAAUGGAAGGAGCUCUUCGUUUUGCAUGCUAAAUUGCGCCAAUACUUCCCGUCCAUAAAAAUCCAGUAUUUUGGAGGACACUCCCACAUUCGUGAUUUCACAGUUCUUGACGAAAACCUGACAGCGCUUCAAAGUGGUCGGUUUUGUGAGACUGUGGGGUUCGCCAGUAUCAAUUUAACCGCUUCCUCAGACGGCUCGGUCGAGUCCAUGAAGCAGGUCUUUUCGAGAUCGUACAUUGAUUUUAACCGAGAAUCGUUUGAGUAUCAUUCUGGCAGAAGUAAAAAGACCUCAGAUGGCAAAAACGUUUCCUCGCAACUUCAAUCUUUGCGUCAACUGCUUGGAUUGGACUCGCCAAGAUUGGGUACCAUCCACAAUAAUUACUACAUGGACUACGUUCCAAUUGACCAUCCCCACAGUAUCUUCAAGCUCUUAUCUGAGAGAGUGCUUCCCACGCUACCGGCCGACAGAAAAGAACAUAGCUCAAGAAUAAUUAUCAUCAAUACCGGUUCUGUGCGAUACGACAUGUACAAAGGCCCUUAUACUUUGGACACAAGAUACACUGUUUCUCCGUUUGAGAACGACUGGGUCUUUAUCUCGGUGCCAAGGAGUAUUGCUGUGCAAAUAGCAGACAAGUUGAACGAAAAAUCGUAUAUUCUUGGCCAAUUGCUCUUACCGGCGCAUCAGCGGUUUUCUUCACUCACUGAAAAAAGACAGGAUAUCUUCACCUUGCCCAAGCUUGAGGGCCACCUAGCGAAAGGGUAUGUUACUCACGAUGAUUUUGGCUCGCUGGGAGACGAUACUCCUCACAAACCAGUGGUUAACUUUCCUGUACCCAAUGUGGUCCAGUCCAUUGAAUUAGACGAAGAAAGCAAAAACGACCCUAAGGUAGACGUUGUGUUCUACAAUUUCAUCACGCCCAACGUGCAGUGGGCUUUGAACGAAUUGGGCCAUUCCGAGGAAGAAGUCAAGUUCUACUCUGGAAUCUACUUGGGUGAACUUUUAGACAAGUUUGUUCAACACAACGAUCUCUAA